UACUACUACUACUACUACUACUACUACUACUACUACUACUACUACUACUACUACUACUACUACUACUACUAUUACAAUUACAAUUACAAUUACUAUUAUCUCAAUCAUAUAUUCUUUAUAUAUUAAUUAUUAUUCAUUUCAAUUAUGCACUCUAAGCAUACACAUAGCGUAACAGCAACAAACACAUCAGAAGCAGUGACACCUGCAUUACCAUAUACCAUGUCAAACAAUAAUAAUUUGUCACAAAUAAAUCAACAAAAUAAUCCUAAUCGAACUAUUGCAGUGAAUUAUCUAGACGUCGAACUAUUUCUAACUCGAUGCGGGUUAUCUCAAUAUUACGAUGUAUUUAUUGAAGAAGGAUUUGAUAGAACAGAAUCACUACUGGAAAUAACAGAAUCUGACUUAAUUCAGAUGCAAGUAAAAAGAGGGCAUCGUAGACUUCUUCAACGAGCUAUUACAAAUGCAAAAGGGAUACCAUCAACUGUUCCACUACAGGCAGCUUCAAACUUCAAUACAAAAGAUUUAGCAACCCAUAGUCCAGCCAUACCCAUAAAGCAUAGAAUAGAAUCCAAUCCUUCUUCUGAAAUAACAUUAGCACCACCGCCAUUACUACCUCAGCAGCAGUUGUCAACAUUGUCUAGCAGUAGUAGUUCUAUUAUGACAUCUAUGAAUAAUAGUUAUCCUAUCACACCUAUGUUAAUAAGUUCCUCCUCUUCUUCUAAUGCACCUUCUACACCUAUUUCACAUUCUUCUUCAACAUCACCGAAUAAAAUGACAUCUAUCAUGUCUUUUAAAAAGAAUAUAGAACAUAUGGGCGACACUAGUAUGGUAACGAAUAAAGAGUACUUUCCAUCAGCAGGCACUGCUACCACUCAAAGUGGUAUGUCAUCUACAGAAGAAGAAGCGGUAACAAAUGAUAAUAUCCAUCGAUUAUGGAAACGAAAAUAUUAUCGACAUGCUAAACCUGAUACAAAUGCUCCUCUAAAGCCACCCUCUGCUUAUGUGAUGUUUUCAAAUGAUGUAAGAGCUGAAUUAAAGCAACAAAACAAAUCAUUUACAGAUCUUGCCAAAAUUAUCGGUGAUAGAUGGAAAAAUAUUUCACCAGAGAAAAAAGAAGUAUAUGAAACAAAUGCAUUUAAAUCAAGAGAAGAAUAUAUACAACAAGUAGAGAAAUAUCAAAAAACUGACGCUUAUAAAAAUUAUCAACAAUAUCUUUCUGAUUUUAAAGCAGAAAAUGAAGCAGCAGCUCGGCCUGUAGGUAGACCGAGAAAAAGACAUAAAAGAGACGAAGAUAAAGAAUUAAGUGAUGAAGCAGUAAGUGAUUCGACAAAACAAGUUAAAAAGACUCCUUUAAUAUCAUCACAGGCGGAUGAUAAUCAUCAAAAGAUAACACCUACUUACUUGGAUCAAAGACAAUAUCCAUUUUAUCUCUUAAAUGAAGACUCAUCUAGAUCUUCACCUCUACUAACAGAAACAACAAUAGCCAAUAAUGAUCCGAUAAAAGCGGAUAGUAUAUUAAAUAAACCACUAAAUCUCAGUAAAAAAUCAUCUAAACGGCAUACGCCCAAAAAAAAAGUAAAUAAAUAUAUGAAAAAUAUUUCCCGUUUUCUCUUACAUAAUAAUUGAAAAGAAUUUAAAAGAAGAAUUUAGAAGGAAAAAAAAAUUUUUUUUUCUUCAAAAUAAAAUGAAAAGCUUCCCCUUUUUUUUUUUGGAGA